GUCUUGUCUUUUCUUAUCCGCUCAAAGACCUACUUUUGUAACAAAUAUCUGAAGAAGUAUUUAUAUGAUAUUUUCGAUAUAUAAUUGUUAAAUAUUUAAUGUUGAAAGCGCACGAAUGUUUAACGACUUGUUUUCAAACAGCUGACAUUGAACUAUAAAAUGCAAAGCCAAUAUGAGAAUUUAAGAAGCACAUCGUGAUAUUUACAUUUACUGCAUUUCUCGUCGGUUCGUCAAAAUGGAUUUUGGCACUUUGUUGAGUGUGGCACAGAAAAAUGAGAAUGCCAAGCAGCCGAUCGCUUGUUAUCAGACGAAAUUUGCACCUCCGAAAAAGCCAACUAAACAGGCUAAGGCUCUUUCAGACAAUAUCAAAAAAUUUCUAGCUCGUAAAGAAGAAGAAGAGAAACGAAAAGUUGAAGAGGAGAAAAAAAAGAAAGAGAAUUUAUUAGCAUUACGGGAUCAUAAAGCUCAAAGUCGGAUAAAUAAACAUUUGAAAGUAUGUAAGGCAGCAAACAAGUCUGCAAUAGCAGAUGCAAUUGACAAUGAGAAUACAGCUGUUACAAUGGCAGGUCCUUCUCAACCGGAUGAAGAUGACUAUGGUUAUGUGUCACAAGAAGCCUCUGCAUUUUAUAACCAAUUAAUGAACAAGUACAAUAAUGCACCUCCCCAGAAACCUGUGUUCAGUGAAAGUCGGAAAAGAACCAUAAAAGAUAUAGCCUCUACGAAGGACAGAGUGAAGCAAGCUUUGAAACAGCAAGAGGUAGAAGAAGCAUUAGGACACCGACGCAAACGAAAAUCUGCGAAGGACACUGAAGCGGAAAUCGAAGAGAAAAUAGAAAAAAUAGAGAAGUUUAUGCAACCACUUGAAGAGAGGAAGGAGAAAGAUGAGAAGAAAGAGAAAGAUGAGAAGUCAAAGCCCAAGAAGAAACUGAUGCCUCCACCAAUGGAUUUCAAUGAAUUGCUUAAAAUUGCAGAGAAGAAACAGCAUGAGCCAAUCGUGAUCGAGGUGAAAGCGAAAGUCGAAGAGCCAGAAAGAUUAAUGACCAAGAAGCAAAUGAAAGAGUACGCAAAGGAGAAGGAGUGGCGAGAGAAAAAGGAACAACGAAGCAAACAGGGCUAUUCGAGCAGCAAAGAGGGAACCACUGCCACAACUAAUAAAUUGAGCAAACCACAAGAGUCUAAUAGCGCUGCGAAACAAUCGAAUAAAAUACCUAAGGUAACUGAAUCACCGAUUUUAACUAAAGCACUCACGAAAACAUCGAAUGUGAUACAACCUUCAGUUUCGAAGAAGACAGUCGAAAACAAGUCUAGCUUGAAUAAAGCGAGUAACUCAAAGGUAUCAGAGAGAGACAUGCUUUUGGAAGAGCGAAAGAAACUGGAGUCCGAGAAGAGGAAAUUGGAAGAAAUGCGACAAGCCAUCGAGGAGGAGAAAAAGAAAUUGAGGUUGAGCAAGAGUAAGACCGAGGAGAUGAAGAAUGUAAAACCGGACAAGCCGACUACGAAGCCGAAAGUUCCAGAAAAACAAUUGCCGUCGACAAGUAUGAAGCAGAGAGAAACAGCCGUAAACGUGGUAAAAUCUCGUAUAACUCAAGUAGCCAAUGAAAAAAUCAAACAGUUUCCUCCAGCAGACUUAAGACCGGUUAGACCUAAACAAAAUAUUCCUUCAAGAGAUCAUAAGAAAGGAUUAGCCGCACACAAACGACGUAUACAAGAUGAUGAGGAAGAGGAAUACGAUUCAGAAUUGGAUGAUUUCAUAGACGACGAAGUAGAAGAGCAUACGGAGGAUUACAGUAAAUAUAUAAGUCAAAUAUUUGGGUAUGAUAAAAGUAAAUACAGGAACGUAAACUACGAAGAAGAGGACGGAGCUAUGGAAAGUAGUUUUGCACAACAACUUAAAGAGGAAUAUGUAUCUACUAAAAUAGGCAUUAUGGAGGAUUUAGAGGACAUGCGUAUGGAAGCUUUAGAGAAAAAGCGGAAAGCUAUGUUAAAAAAGAAAGUCAAACACUGACUACUAUGUUCUUUAUAAAUUUUUAUGAAAUUUUAUUUAAUAAAUUACACUAUACUUAUACGAUGUUCGAAA